AUGGAAAACGCUGUCUUCUCUUACGCUGCUUUCUUCCUGUCCAUUAUUUUCGUGAUCAUCAUCAAAUUUCUAUACCAGAACCACCGCAACCAGAGUUCUUCACCACCCAGCCCAUUUUCCAUACCAAUAAUCGGCCAUUUCCACCACCUUAAACCUCCACUCCACCAAGCACUCCAGGCCCUCUCGUUGCAGUACGGUCCAAUUCUCUAUAUCAAAUAUGGUUCUCGCCCAAUCCUCGUUGUGUCUUCUCCUUCUGCUGUUGAAGAGUGCUUCACCAAAAAAGACAUUAUAUUUGCAAAUCGUCCACUCACCAUGGCUGCCGAGCAUUUCAUCUACAACUUAACUGCUCCAGUCUGGGCUCCAUACGGCCAUUUAUGGCGUAACUUACGACGAUUCUUGAACCUCGAGCUCUUCUCUCAGAACAGCCUCCAAAACUCUUCCAUCAUCCGACAAGAAGAAGUACACUCCCUUCUUCGCCAAUUGUUCAAGUCCUCAAAUGCAGAUCAACCUCAAAAGGUGGAGUUUAGGUAUUUGUUCACACUUCUGAUGUUUAAUGUAAUCAUGAGAAUGGUGACUGGAAAGCCGUGCGUUGGAGAGGAGGCUGCAAGCACGGAGCUGGGGAAGCAACGUCUCAGAGAUAUGAAAGGGAUAUACUUUGCCAACUUGGGAAUGAAUAUAUGUGAUUUCUUUCCGGUUUUGAGGUGGGUUGGCUACAAAGGGAUGGAGAAGAACAUGAGAAGCUUGCAGGGUAAGAGAAAUGGAUUGUUGAAUCAUUUUAUAGAGGAGAUUAAGCAAAAGAAAACCAGUUUUCUGAAAAAUGCCGUGGAAAUGAGCGAGGAACAGAAGGGUACGCUGAUUGAAACUCUUAUGUCUGUCCAAGAAUCGGAACCUGAAUUAUAUUCAGAUGAUGUCAUCAAAGGCGUCCUGAUGAUGAUGUUUGUUGCGGGUACGGAUACAACUUCAACGACCAUGGAAUGGGCGAUGUCACUUCUUCUGAAUCACCUAGAGGAAUUGCAAAAAGUUAAAGCAGAGAUUGACGACCAGAUUGGACACGAACGCUUGUUGAAUGAAUCUGAUAUUUCCAAGCUUCCCUAUCUCCGCUGUGUCAUCAACGAGACGCUUAGACUGUAUCCUCCAGCCCCACUCUUAAUACCUCAUUUCUCCACAGAAGAUUGCACUGUUGUUGGGUUUAGGAUACCACAAGAGACGAUGUUGCUGGUGAAUACGUGGGCGUUGCAUAGAGAUCCCAACCUCUGGGAGGAUCCCACAAAGUUCAAGCCCGAGAGAUUUGAAGCAAUGAAUGGAGAAAGAGAUCAUGCUUUCAAGUUCAUCCCAUUUGGAACGGGGAGGAGGCAAUGCCCCGGUUCUGGCAUGGCCCUGCGAGUAGUUUCAUUGGUAUUGGGUUCGAUUAUUCAGAGCUUUGAGUGGGAGAGGCCUGAUAAGGAGAUGGUGGACAUGAACCCAGCUUUAGGGUUUAUCAUGUCAAGGGCUAAGCCUUUGGAGGCAGUUUGCAGUAGACGCCAUUCCAUGACAAACAUCCUCUCUCAACUUUGAUUACCUCUUUGCAUAAAUAUUUGUGGACGUGAUUCGCUUCCUAAUUUCUUUCAUCCUUGGAACCCUUGGAAGCCAUAUUAUCUUGAAGUGGAAAUCCAUGCAUGCAUCCCUUAGCAUGGUAGAAAUCUAGCUAUUGUGUAUUAUUUUCAGUCUUGUAUCUUAUCUUAAUUGUGUUGAAAUUUCAGCUACGCUUUCCUUGAUUAGGAAUAACUGCUCUGAAAGCA